UCACUGCUACAUAGAAUGGCGGAAAGAAGACGGACGUUCAAUGUAGAGUCUCUUGCAGACGGUAAUCUAGUGAGAACACUGGGCGGAGACACUUCCACUCCUUUCCUUUGGGCACCGAGUGGCCUACCGACUCUGCAGGCCUCCGUUCCAACGGAUGUCGUCAUGGUAUGGAGUUGCGACGUUUCUGCUGCUUCAGGCAACUCCUGUGACAGACUUAUAGAAGCUGAGGAGGGACGUAGUCAGGCAUCUUGUUCGUCCGCUGACAGGAGCCGAUCAUGCACACCAGUACCUGUAGGUUCUGCUAGUCUCAGUGCUUCAGCUACUGGGUCUAGUGUCUAUCAGUGGGGCAGACGAGAAACCCUGCUUCUUCUAAAUCUGUACGUGGUCUAUAAAGAAGAACUGACAGACAAGAAGACAAAGAAACGGAGUGUGUGGAAGAAGAUUGCAGAAGAGCUAACAAUGGAAGGAGUACAUGUUUCUUGUUUGCAGUGUGAAAACAGGUGGAAAACGCUGAAGUCACUGUUCUGUCGUACGAUCGAUCACAACAAGAAGACAGGAAGGGACAGACGUACGUGUGACUUUUUCCAAGAACUGACAGAUAUCCUUGGAGAUAGGCCUGAGAUAGAAUCCGUGAGUGUAGCCAGCAGCUACAGCUGUACUACUGAUGAAUCUGGCAACACCAGCAGCAGUUAUGAUGCCUGCUAUCAGGAUGAUGAUGAAGAACUUGAAUCAAUCAAUGAUCAUUCCGUGUUAGACGAAAUAGAGACAGUCACUGAAGGCACAGGUGGCCCACCUCCAGCCAAAAGGCCAAAGAGGGACAAAGGAAAGUGUGUUUCUAUCCCUACCAGAAAGGCUAGUGCAAGCAAGAGGGACAUAAUGGACGUCAUCGAACGUAUGGAGCAAAAUAGGCAUGAGCAUGAGAAGCAGAAAAUGGAGCUUCUCAAAGACAUGCAGAGAGAGAAAAUUACUUUAAUGAAAAUCUUUUAGACACUCUCAAAGUAUUGCAGACAAACAUUAAUUAGUGCCUGAUCAUUUAAGUUGCAACAACUAGUAUGUUUUAGAAGUUGUGUUCUGAGAUUGCAGCUAAGUUCAUGUU